AUGUAUUCCUUGACUCUUCUCACCACAAUUUUGGCAGCAGUAUCAACUGCUUCAGCCCAACUCAAUCAACUAGCCAAGGCCGCUGGUCUGCUGUAUUUUGGAACAGCAGUAGACAACCCGGGGCUCAACAACCAGCAGUAUAUGUCCAUCGCGCGAGACACGAAGGAAUUUGGCCAAGUGACACCGGCGAACGGACAGAAAUGGGACUCUACUGAGCGGAGCCAAGGCCAGUUCAGUUACGGAAACGGUGAUGCUGUGACUAUCAACUUCCCAGCUGGGAACGUUGCGGGUCAUUACAAGGGACAAUGCUACGCAUGGGACGUCGUCAACGAAGCACUGGAAGAGAACGGCCAAUAUCGCCAGAGUCCAAUGUACCGGGCCAUGGGUGCCGAUUUCAUCCCUUUCGCGUUCAAAGUUGCGGCCGAAGUCGAUCCAGGGGCCAAAUUGUACUAUAACGACUAUAACAUCGAACAUCCCGGGGCAAAGGCCACAGCUGCGCUUGAAAUAGUGAAGAAUAUUCAAGCACAAGGCGCACGUAUUGAUGGUGUCGGUGGACAGGGGCAUUGGAUCGUGGGCCAGACGCCAAGCAGACAGGAUUUGAUGAGUGUGUUAGCAUCGUAUGCCGCGCUCGUCGACGAGGUAGCCUACACGGAGAUUGAUAUCCGGCAUUCACGAGUGCCAGCGAGUCAAUCGGAUAGGGAACUACAGGCAAGGGACUACGUGACCGUGGUAGAUGCCUGUUUGCAGACUCCGAAGUGUAUCGGCAUUACCAUUUGGGACUUUGCGGACCAGUCUUGUGAACCACUUCCAGAGUGUGGCUUCACAGCGAAGGCCGGCCACUACCAGCACGAGCACGAGCACUACAUCGACAACAUCUUUGACGACGAGUGUCGCUACACCAUCUACAACAACAGUAGUCCAAACCUCAGUCGUGACAGUUACUCAAGUCUCAACAGCCACCGUGACGAGCACCACCACCGUUAG